GGGAAAUGAAACUCAAAACAAACAAAAAUUGCCCUGUUAUCGAUUUCCAGUGAGUCAUAUGCAAUGGGAGAGCCAUAGAAUUUCCUGAAGUUGCAGAGUUUAUGCAAGAUAAUUUUGACAACUACUCUGUCUCUGAUGAGCUCCAUGGUUCAAACUUCCUUUGGCUAGAUGAACAAAAAUGACUUCUUAAAGAUAAGGCUCUUUACUCUCAAUACGAAGGAGUCAUUAAUAGAAUUUAUGGAAUGGAAAUCUUCAAGGAGAAAACUCUCCAGUAUGCUAUCCUAAGCCAAUGAAAGAAGCACUAUCCAACCGAGUUUAGUUUUCAUCCAUCAUGCUACACUUUGAUGAAAGAUGUAGAUCUUUUGCAAGAAGAUAUUGAAAAAUCAGGUUAUGAAAGGACUUAUAUUUGAAAACCUUCAAUAGGAGCUUGAGGUGAAGGAAUGAUAAUAUUCAAUAAUAUUGAAGAUCUUCCAAAAACAAAAGAAGAUCAUGCCUUUGCAAUUCAACAUUACAUCGUUAAUCCAUUGCUUUAUAAAAACAAGAAAUUUGACUUCAGAAUAUUUGUAAUAGUCCAAGGAGUGAGCCCAAUGAGAGGAUAUAUUUCUUUUGACACUGGAUACAUGAAAAUCUGUGCAGAAGACUAUGACAAAAAUGACUUAACAAACCCCUUCUCUAACAUUACUAAUCGAGGUCAGAAUAAGUUACACCCAAGCUUUACUCCAGGCCCGAAGGAAGGUGAAGAAGAUGAGAAUGCCUUCUAUAACAAACAAUCCAUUACCAAAGUAUGGGAGAUGCUCAAGGAAGAUUAUUUUGAUGGUAACUGAGAGGAUCCUGAUGCUAAAAUUGAUGAGAUCAAACAGAAAAUCAAAGAUAUUGCAAAUUCCUUGCUAAGAGCGUUCAGAAGCUCUAUUGAAGUAGAACAGACAGAGUUCAUGCAAAUGGAAGACAACCAAGAACUGAAUGAUAGAAUUUGUAACACUCUCGGCCUUGAUAUCAUGCUUGAUGAAGAUUUUAAUCCUUGGCUAAUAGAGACCAACAGAAACCCAGAUAUGGGCCUAGAUAAUAUCCAGUUAAACCCAGAUGGAACAGAGGAAAGAUGGCUAUGCCAAAUCAAUGCAAAUAUUAGCUAUUCUCUCACCAACGAGAUUGCCCGAAUGUUCAUAGGCAAAGAAGAAAGCAAAGAAUUUGUUAAAUGCUAUGAUUCUUCUGACCCUGAUUCAGAAGAUUCAAAAUUUCUGUACGAAAGAGUGUUCCAAAUUUUCAAGAAAAUUUCUGGAACAACACUUAACAAAACAAUAUCAUCCGACGAUUUCACCACCUUCUUAACCACAUCACCCCUGUACAUAGAGCCAUCUCUAAUCUCCACCCUCUCUCUCCCCCCACAUCUAACCCUCCAAGCCCUCUUCAACACCCUAGACCAGCUCAGCUCAGACCUCGACACAGACAUCUUCAAACUCCUAUCCAAAAUCGAAUCUUAACAUGUUUCAAUCA